AUGACGUCUAAUUCCACCUCCGCAAUCCCAAUUGUUGACUUUGCUCCCUUCCUACAUCCCACCUCUCCAACAUCCCGUCUCGAAACUGCGAAAGCCCUCGUCAACGCUUGUCGUCAUUUCGGUUUUGUGUACAUCAUAAACCAUGACGUCCCCUCAUCAUUACUCGAAGAAGCUUUUGCAGUGACGAAACAGCUUUUCGACCUUCCACACGAGGCAAAGAUGCAAGCGCCGCAUCCACCCGGCCCAAGUAUCCAUAGAGGAUACUCGUAUCCGGGUUUGGAGAAAGUAUAUCAGGUUAUUAGUGAUGAUACUGACUUGGGGGAGAAAAUGAGGGGAGUGAAGGAUUGUAAAGAAAGUUAUGAAAUCGGCUCCGAGGAAAAUCCCUCCCAACCAAACAUCUGGCUUCCCGAAUCCACACUCCCAAACUUUCACUCCUUCAUGCAAUCCUUCUACCACCGUCUGUCCACUACCUCACAAAUGAUCCUCCUGGCCCUUGGUACAGGACUAGAGCUUCAAACUCCCUCCUUACUUGCGGAUUUCCAUUCCGGACAUACCAACCAAUUACGACUCCUCCACUAUCCUCCCAUUCCCGCCUCUGAAAUCGAAAGCGGACUUGCGGUAAGACUACCAGCCCACACCGAUUUUGGUAGUAUCACCAUGGUAUUUCAAGACGAGUGCGGAGGAUUGGAAGUUGAGCAUCCGAAGAAACCUGGUGAAUUCAUCAGGGCGGAUCCGGCUCACAAUGCUAUUGUAAUGAACAUAGGUGAUCUACUCAUGAGAUGGACAAAUGAUGAUCUCAAAUCCUCACUCCACCGCGUACAACUCCCCCCCUCCGCCUCUCGCUACACAAUCACCAAGGAAGGAGUAAGAAUGACACAAGCGCGUUAUUCGAUCCCAUAUUUCUGCGGACCGGAUACAGAUAAAUCGAUAGAAGUUCUUGAGGAGUGUGUCAAGGAGGGAGAGAAGAAGAAGUACGAACCGAUUGUGGUAGGAGAAUAUUUCAAAAUGAGAAGCGCGUUAGCGUAUCAGACUUAG